AGAGAUAAGUCACUUUGUCAGUCUAGGUGUGGUACAGUAAGUGGGACGUGGGACAAGCCCUGAAACUGCACCAAACUUACAAGGAGCAAACAGGACCUGAUCUUGUACCAGCAAGCGGUCAUCAAUCUUUUCAUCACUGGUCAAUACAGAUUUGAUAAUGACCUUCUACAGUCUUCUCCUCUUUGCAGCAAUACUCUCAGCUCCUCAGUUAACCCAUGGACAGACAGACCAGAGUGGACUACAAGCUGUCAUUCCGGACAGUUUAGUAGAUUGUUACCGCAACUCUACGUUACUUACACGAGAAAACCUCCCACCGAUGACACUAAACACUCUCCUGGCAAUCAUCCGUAAACUGGAGACUCUACCUGGGACAUUCUUGGACAUGAGGACUCUCUCCACACAGAUCAUGACCAGUUAUCGCCUCGAUGGUAUUGAGAGGAAUCCGGACAUUGCACCAUCCCCUUAUGUUGUACCUUAUGGACCUUCAGGAAACCAAUUUUACCGGUACAAAAUCCUUAUGGAUGGGUUGAUACCUUCAAGUGGCAAUACUUUUCCAGAUACAGCUCUAAGGACUGAAGAAAAGUGUGCCCUUCACCUGAUGUUGAGUUCGUCAGUUGAUCGUAAUGAGAGAGGGGACGAGAGUGUAACAUGUAAUCAGCUGACCAACUACGUGCGGCCAAACUACGUCCGUCCCAACGUAUGGAACAGCCGCAUCCCUCGGGACACUAGAACCUACCAGGAGGAGGUGGAGAUACUGGCAGGACAUCAUAAAGAACAGCAGAUGUCCAGCAGAUGGCUUGGAGGAGCCUACAAUGGGCUUUCAUGUCCUCUAGAAACUGGUGUUGUGAAGACAAGGUUCGGAGCAGUCAAGUUUGGGUUGAUAGUGGGAGGAAUCGCAGCUGGACUUCAAUCACAGUCUGUUAGUCGUAGGAACUUGAUCCUUGUGGCUAAAGCCAAUUCUCUUCGAGGCACAAACUACAAGUUUCCCCGACUCUACGGAGUUUCUGACAACAAUCCAAACAUCAGUAACAUCUGGGCAGCCACAUUAUCAGGUGAGAUAGGAGAGGUGGCAUUGUUGCAAGGACCACUCAGCUCUAGUCAGAUGAGGAUUGGUCUCAACGGAGGUUGGAACGACUCAGUGUUGCCGAGAUAUUACUUCCUACAAGAAGACAACAAGGACGCUCUCACAGACACUGACAUACGCGGCGCUGUUGACGGUUUGAUGUUGGGUGUCAAUGCUCAGUCUUGGAACAGCCUGGUAGGAGGAGGAGGGAGGCUCAAGUUAUCGCAGCUGAUUGACAUGUUCUACUCAGAGAGAGGAGUUCUCAACACUAACAUCAGAGCUUGUCAGAGAGUGUCUCUCUUCCAGAGCAUGUUCUCUGUGGACGAUAUCAUGCAACAGUCAUUUGCAUUUUCCGGAGUCCUGGAGCUAGAACUACCCUCUGCAGUCAAUGUUGAUAACACAGGGCUACAAAACUUCAACUCUGCAGCCGUACAGAAAUUUACUACAUAUUUUUCUUCAAUGGUGGACAACCAGUGCUCUUUUGGAUCCACAUCUUACACAGGAGGUCAAAGUCCAGGAACUGUGUCAAAUAUUGUCUCUCCAGCUGUUCAUCUGUACCUGGUCAUAGAUUACACUUAUGACUAUCUAGAUGCCAUCAGAAUAGCUAGCCAGCUUGCAGAAAAGUUGGAAGUGAGUCGUUUUACAGGAAAUAUUUCUAUAAUCAAUGCUAAAGAUGCUUCUGUAGCUGUCAACAGCACCAACGAUGUCCUUCAGAUGUAUGCUAACUUUACCAGGAACAACUACUACAUGAGUAGUCAGAGAGGGUUUGAUUUGGCACGUAUUGUACGAGACGUCGGAGACAUGUUGCGGCUGCGGCUAGACUGGGACAAACAACUCAACACUCCGGGUGGACCUGCCAGUGUUGUGUUGAUUGUACCUUCCACAUCAGCCACUGUCAACGACAACGACAAGAACUACAUCUACAACAGGCUGGCCGACCUCAGAAACUCUGUGCCAGAUGCAAGAUGGAUGUUUUUAAACCCAGGAUCCAAGGACAAAUUUGCUUCAUAUGUACAAGAUUCUUCUAAGGACAUUCUCACACUUACUCUGACUGAUAUUCCGACAUCCGUUGACGCUGUUGUUGCUCGCUUGAAACAAGUGCCGAGGAGAUUGAUCAAUCCAACUUGCAUGUCAUUCUACGGAUCGGGAACUUCAACAUCUAACCUUGUGUUGAGAACGUAUAUUGAGCCUGUAGGAGGAGUCCAAUACUACAGAAUACAUCCUAACUACUUCUACGGCACAAGUAGUGGAACAAUCAGAAUAUCCAGUUCUACUGGUAGAACGUUGAACAUUUGUCAAUCUCGAGUUAACGUACUUCCUGGCAACAACUCACAGAGUGACAUUUGUCGCCAAAUAACAUCGGAUGCUUAUCAGAUCACCAUCAAUGGAGCUUGCAGUGGUACCAACAUUGCAGGCUGUUCACCAAUUUACUUUUCCGUUGCAGUUGUACCAACAACUUCGUCUGCAAUAAAUUCUUGCACAGAUGACAACUGCCGUUAUCCUGACAACAUCCAGGUCGACAUUAGACAAGAUGGUCUGACGUGCGCAAGUGGAGUGUCGGGGCUGAUAGGAGGAUCAACUUUGGUUAUGGUUUUAUUAGCUAUUUUGACUAACCAUCUUACUUGAUUCAGCCAUUCAAGAAAAAUGAUUUGAGGAAAUGAACAAAUUAUACCUGAGAAAAAAACAACUCAGGAUAAAGAACUGAUCUUUCCAAGUACCGGUAUAGACUAAGAGGUUACCAAACACAAUUAAACUAUAAUUAUAGAAACAAUGUUAAACUCAAAUUUUUUACAAUUCUAAAAUUAUUUAGUAAUAUCAGGAAACCAUUCUAAUAAUUUGUGAAAAAGGAAGAAAAAUUGACUCUUGGAUUUAAAAAAAAAGGAAAUUAAUAUAUUCUAUAUAUUAUUUUUGAAAAAAAUGUUAAGCUCAAAUUCACGUUGUUUAAUUCAACAGUUAAUAUUAUUACUGGUAUAGUUAAAAUUACAUAUUUAGCUUACUUAACUAAUUUUGCAGACACAUUUGUUUAGUACUGUAUAUGUUUUUGUGCAUAUUUAUUAGAUUUAUUAUUACAUUAGAUUACUUAGUACCUUUUGCUUCAAUUGUGUAGAAUUCAAGUCAUAUAAUAUUUUGUAAGCUGUGUUUAUUUUUUAGUUAUAUGAGUAGAUAAAAUUAGAUAAGAUGGAGGUGUGAACGUACUCAUCAAAGUGAAAGUAAAAACAUUAUUUAUUAAAUUUAAUCGAGGUUCGACGAUUAAUUAAAUUUUGAUUAAAUAAACGUUAGAUUGCCAGUUGUUAUUUAAUUUGUAAUCAUAUAAAUGAAAAUAUCAUAUUUUUUCACAGGAUAAUCAUAAUGUCUUUUAAGUUUGUGGUUGAACAUUUCUGUUUACUCCACUUUAUUGGUUUGUUUCCUGUUUGAAAUGCAAUCUAUCUCUUUGGUAACAUUUUAAACCAGUUCUAUCGUAAUGACUACCAAACAUCUAUUUUAGUUUCCCAAAAUCCUUCCUUGAUCCAGAUGAAUUCUUUUUCCAAAAAAGUAAAACUAAUAAUUCAAUUUAACUAUAAAAUACUUGAAUAAUUCAAGCAUUUUAACUAAAUCAUCUUUUCAAACUUUUUUUUUUAAAGGUAAUUGUAGAUAAAACUUGCAUAAAACUAUUUCCCUGCUUACUUGGAACUUGUUAUACAUUUUUGAGAAUGUAAGGUAGUCAUUUCUGACUUGAUUUAGUUUGUUUUAAUUACACUGCCUGUAUUUUAAUUUAAAAUAAGGUUUAUGUUUUACCAGUACAACUUUUGUAUGAGAAUUAAAUGUAUUUUUUAGUAA